CGAGCUUGGCCGUGUGGAGCGCGCCGGGUCCCGGAGCCGGCUGCCAGAGGGAUGGACGAGACGAGCCCACUAGUGUCCCCCGAGCGGACCCUAGCCCGGGACUUCACCUUCCCCUCGGGCUCGGGAGCUCACUUUCCGCAGGUGCCUGGGGGCGCGGUCCGAGUGGCAGCGGCGGCCGGCUCGGGCCCCUCUCCGCCGGGAUCGCCGGGCCACGACCGGGAGCGGCAGCCACUGCUGGAUCGGGCCCGGGGCGCGGCGGCCCAAGGCCAGACCCAAACCGUGGCGGCGCAGGCCCAAGCCCUGGCCGCCCAGGCUGCGGCGGCGGCGCAUGCCGCGCAGGCCCACCGCGAGAGGAAUGAGUUCCCGGAGGACCCCGCGUUCGAGGCGGUGGUGCGGCAGGCCGAGGUGGCCAUCGAGCGCUGCAUCUUCCCGGAGCGCAUCUACCAGGGCUCCAGCGGAAGCUACUUCGUCAAGGACCUUCAGGGGAAGAUAAUUGCUGUCUUCAAACCCAAGAAUGAAGAGCCAUAUGGGCACCUUAAUCCUAAGUGGACCAAGUGGCUGCAGAAGCUGUGCUGUCCCUGUUGCUUUGGCCGUGACUGCCUUGUCCUCAAUCAGGGCUAUCUCUCAGAGGCGGGGGCCAGCCUGGUGGACCAAAAACUGGAACUCAACAUUGUACCCCGUACCAAGGUAGUAUACCUAGCCAGUGAGACCUUCAAUUAUAGUGCCAUUGACCGAGUGAAGUCCAGGGGCAAGCGGCUUGCACUAGAGAAAGUGCCAAAAGUUGGGCAGCGCUUUAACCGCAUCGGGCUCCCACCAAAGGUUGGUUCAUUCCAACUCUUUGUUGAAGGCUACAAAGAUGCAGACUACUGGCUACGGCGUUUUGAAGCAGAACCUCUCCCUGAGAACACUAACCGGCAACUACUGCUGCAAUUUGAGCGGUUGGUGGUGCUGGAUUACAUCAUCCGCAACACUGAUCGAGGCAAUGACAACUGGCUGAUUAAAUAUGACUGUCCGAUGGAUAGUUCUAGCUCUCGGGACACAGACUGGGUGGUGGUGAAGGAGCCAGUCAUCAAGGUGGCUGCCAUAGACAAUGGGCUGGCCUUCCCGCUGAAGCAUCCUGACUCCUGGAGGGCAUAUCCUUUUUACUGGGCUUGGUUGCCCCAGGCAAAAGUCCCAUUCUCUCAGGAGAUCAAAGAUCUGAUUCUUCCAAAGAUAUCAGACCCUAACUUCGUCAAGGACUUGGAGGAGGACCUAUAUGAACUCUUCAAGAAAGAUCCUGGUUUCGACAGGGGCCAAUUCCAUAAGCAGAUUGCUGUCAUGCGGGGACAGAUCCUAAACCUGACCCAGGCCCUGAAAGAUAACAAGAGUCCCCUGCACCUCGUCCAGAUGCCACCCGUGAUUGUCGAGACAGCCCGUUCCCACCAGCGGUCUGCUAGCGAGUCCUACACACAGAGCUUUCAGAGUCGGAAGCCCUUCUUUUCAUGGUGGUAGCCUGAGGCCGGCAAAGGAAAUACUGUCUGAGACUGGUGGAAGGAAGCCUGGAGAGUGGGUGCAGGGAACGCCAGAGAGCAGCGCCUUCAGGAGCCCUCCCGCUCUGCUCACCACCCUCUCAGGGCUUCCCCACCCACAGGGAGAAGCACAAUCAGGGACAGUGAGUGCUCCCGGGCCCUUCCGAGUGCAGGAGGGAGGGAGAGCAUCUCCCUUCCCGCGUCUCCUGGUGGCAGGCUGGGAAAGUCCCUUCCCUCCCUGACACCCUGCUCUGUUGCAAUUCCCUAUUAUAUUCUGCAUCAGAAAAACAGACAAAUAAAUUUAAAUGCUUGUAGCAGAACCCCAGGUCCUCUCAUGUCAGACACCUUUCAUCCAGGCCUAAAUUUGCAUAGACCCAGACAUUUGGGUGCCUUGCAGUUGCUCACUUCCAUGAACCAAGGCUGUGUCUGAGGGCAGCUGGGUGAUUUGCAGUGCUGGGACAGACAGAAGCCACAUCUUUUCUUUGGGUUUUUGCCAAGCCUUCUUCCCUUUCUCCUCCCACCAGUGCUGUAGGCUGGCUACAGGCCUCCAAACACAGUUCUCAUGGUGGGGAGGCUUUUGGUCUACACUUCCCAGCAGUUCUGUACAUGAUCAUACAGAACCUCUCUGCCCUCUGCUGUCCUGCAGUUUGCCUGUCACUCAGGCAGAGGCAGGGGGAGCUGGUCUUAGCCUUUAUAUUUCCAUAGGAAGUUGACUCCCAGCUCUUAAAAGUGAUCCACAUGGCCUAAGUUUGUGCCAGGAGCUAUAACUGGUCUAUGGGUGAACUCAUCCUAGCCUUGCUUCCUGAGUUUUUGGUCCAGUCCUCUAAUUUGUUCCUAUUGUUUUAAAUAUAUUUUUUCCCCAACUCUUUUGUCUUAGGAUUUCAGUUCAGGUUCUCGAGUGUGGGUCUCUGUGAGGGUUCUGGGGUGAGUCUUGGCUCGUAAGAGGACAGGAGAGUCUUUGGCCUUCUUUGUAUGCUGCCACUGCUGCUUGGUGGAAGUAACAGGAUGUAUAUUCUGCCUCCUGAUUGGUGGUUUCCCUUCACUCCCUGACUUCUUGUCCUGGGCCAGUUUCUCCACGGCUUCCUGAGAAUAGUGGGGCCCAAAGGAGAGAGGCCUUCAAGCUGCCCCAGUGCCUGCCCAGCUCCGUGUGCAUCUCCGUGCUUCUAUGUGUCUUUUCCCGCAGCUUCCCCCUGCCAGGUGUUCAAGCCCUUUCUACACCAAAGCAAAGAAUGGCCUCAGGAGGGAGUAAAAAGGGUGCCAUCUGUGGCCAAGGGGCAGCCGUGUUCAUGCCCUGUGCUACUGGACGCUUCAAGAUUCUGGCACCUUGCGACUGGUCAAUCAGCCUUGGAAAGAAAUUAUCUUGAAGGUUUGAAAAACAACCAAAGAAAGAGAGUAAGGACUGGCUGUGUGUCUUCUGCUUGCCUGGCUCCUGCUGUCCAAGAGGCAGAGCAGAGAUGUGCAGCCCUUUGUCAACUGGCCAGGUUGGUCUCCUUCUAGUCCAGCUGCCAGGAGGCAGCUUGUGCCGGGCUUCCACCCAGCUGACAGGAAGAGUCUCUGAGGGCUGGAUGUGCAGGCCCUGGGGGCAAAGGCGCAGCUUCCCUGCCUGCCCCAGCCCUGACAAUCCCAUCCAGCCCACCUGGACUCGCCCCAGGAACUACGUUUGAGAGAAUACCUGCCUCCUGACCGCAGGAGCCAGCAGGAGACCCAGGUGUGCAUAGCUCUCCAUACACGUCUUUACACAAACCUGUUGGCAAAGCUCCCUGCCUGGUGCUCCAGAGAGCCUGAGGAGUCUAAGGAGGAGCCUGGCUGCCUCACUCCACCACGCCAAAUCUGCACAUUGUCCUGAUCCAGACCAGCUCUGUACUCAGAAGGUAAAUUGGGUCCAAUGGAAGAGGGAGCCGGUCCCGGGCCCAGCGGGCUAGAGUGCGGGGCGUCCUUUCUUGGCCUGUCUCCACUCUGCCUUGAAGCCUGCGCUCAGGUUGCCUUGAAUGUGGACUUCGGGAGGGCCAGGGGCCCAGAGUGCCAGGGUGGGCUUCUGGGUGGCACUCACGGAACGGCUGUCUCUCUGCCAGCCACAGGCCCUGCCCCCAGCAUCAGGGAGUAGAGGCUGGGCUGUGAGAGUGCUGCUGCCCUCUGUGUUGUUCUAAUGCACUGUAGAAAUUGUAUGUAAUGUAUUUAAAACAAUGCAAAUGUAUGAAUAACAAAUCCAGUUCUGAC